CUUAAAACCUAAGGUGGCAAUGGAGAUCAGCAGCUGCCUUGCAGUUCUGGCCGUGUCUCUCCUGAUUCUGCAGUUCCUGAAGCUGCAGUGGGGAAGGCGCUGCUUCCCACCCGGACCACUUCCGCUACCUCUCCUGGGGACCCUGUGGUGCUUUGGCUCUGGAUGGCAUCAAGACACCCUCUCCAAGCUGUCCAAGGUUUACGGGAAAGUCUUCACCAUCUGGGUUGGGCACAAGCCGAUGAUUGUUGUGAAUGGCUUUUGUUCGGUGAAGCAAGUGCUCAGCAACUACUCGGAAGAGACCUCAUGUCGUGUAGUAACUCCCUUUGUCAGAGACAUGAUGAAAGGAAAGGGUAUCCUAUUUUCAAGUGGCUGCACCUGGAAGGAGCAGCGGCGUUUUGGGAUGUCUGCGCUCCGAUCACUGGGCCUUGGAAGGAAAAGCAUGGAGUUCUGUGUGCAAGAGGAGGCUGGCCACAUGGUGGAGUUCUUUGCAAGCAAGAGAGGCGAAUCUGUAGACCCUAGAAUCCCCCUCUUCCAUGCCUUCUGUAGUGUGAUCUCCAGCGUAAUUUUUGGACACCCUUUCGACAUUGAAGACAAAGUGUAUCAGAAGCUGAUAGAGUGCAUUGAGUACGAAGCACAUUUUUUCCUCUCCACAUUUCAUUUGCUGUAUGAACUGUUUCCGUGGCUGAUGCGCUACCUCCCAGGACCCCACCAGAAGGCUUUCUCAUGCUUGGAGCAGAUCCAUUCAUUUGGAAGGAGUGAGAUCAGAAGGCACAAGGAGAAGAGGGAAACAGAUGAACCACGGGAUUUCAUUGACUUCUAUCUGGAUGAAAUAGAUAAAAAGAAGGAUGAUCCCGAAUCGACCUUUGACGAAGUCAACUUGGUUCAUGUCAUUUACGACCUCUUCACAGCCGGGACAGAUACUGGUUCAUCCACUUUGUGCUGGGCUCUGCUCUUCAUGGUGGUUCAUCCAGACAUCCAAGAGAAAGUUCAGGCCGAGAUUGAUGCUGCUGUGACACGUUCCCAACGCAUCUCCUAUGAGGAUCGGAUGAACCUGCCCUACACCAAUGCUGUCAUUCAUGAAAUCCAGCGCUACAAAUACGUUCUCUUGGUUGGAAAUUUCAGGCAAUGUGCAAAGGAUGCAACUAUGUUUGGUUUUCCCAUUAAAAAGGAUACUGUAAUUAUUCCUGAUAUAGCCUCUGCUCUAUAUGACCCUGAAGAGUGGGAGACGCCUCACCAGUUCAACCCAAACCACUUCCUGGAUAAAGAAGGGAACUUCUUCGUCAGAGACGCCUUCAUUCCAUUUUCAUUAGGGAAGCGAAUCUGUAUCGGGGACAAUCUGGCAAGGAUGGAGAUUUUCCUCUUCUUCACUAACCUGCUGCAAGCGUUCACAUUACGGCUGCCUGAUGGUGUGCGGGAGCUCAACACAAACGCUGUGAGAGGAAGGUUAGCUGUGCAACCGCAUCCUUACACAAUCUGUGCUGUUCCUCGCAAGGCUACAGCUUGGGAGAGGGAACAAGAGGCCAGCCAGAGAGCUUAGAAGCAGACGCCACCAAACCAAGCUACUUUCCCAUGAAUCCUGAUGGAGAACGCUCAACUGCGUUGGUUAAGAAAUCUGAUGUUGCUGAACAGGAACUCUUUUGUGGAAACCCAAUUUGUGGGUACAUGGCUUUCUAACCGAACUCAACAGCGAUCUUCUAGAUAUGAAUGUCUUCUGGCUGCUAAUUUAUUUGCAAUAGGAUUCAGCACUUGUUUUCAACUCCUGCGCAGAACAGUAUUGGCUGAAUCCUCUUCUGUCCCGCUUUUCUCAAACACAGCCUGGGGCCUUCUGCAUGCAGAGCAGUUGAUCUACCAUGGCUCUUUCCCCUAAUUUCCAUAAGGAAUAAACCAAGCCAUUUCAACCAUGUGUCGGCCAUGUAUUUAUGAAGAACCUGGCAUAUAAUGAAACUGGUUACAGACAGAUACAGCUCGCUCACAUGAAGGACAAGCAUGAGUGCAGCUUUUCCAGAAAGCAGCUCAGGUUUCGCACAAAUUGUAGCCCCACGCAUAUCAAUUUUCAGGCUCAAACUUCAUGGUUCAUGGGCUGGUUCAUUGGCAGACCACCCUCUCAGCCUGAGCCCCUGUCUGUAUUGUAGUAAUAAUACUGACCUGCUAUACAGGAUUGCUUCCUUGCCAGUGUAGGUAUCAAGUUCACCUAACUGCCUGCUUUCCCCCCAGAUUUUCACCUUGGGGCCAUGAGUUUCAUUUAACAUCCUCCAUCAGCAAUAGCCAAAAAGGGUAGCCAAAACAAGUUACAUCUUAUCAAUCAUUGUGAAACUACUGCUUUACUUCAUCAGGGGAGUCCCUCUUCACGUUCCCUAUACAGGAUGAAGGAUGUGGUAUGGGGACCAGGAAGGGAGGGGCCUUUUCAGUGGUGGCUCCACCCAUUGGCAAUUCCCUUCCAAUGGAGGUGGGUUUAUGGGUUUGGACAGCUGGUUACGAGUCGCCUUUUUUUCAGUGGGGAUUAGGAGGAGAAAAGACGUGGUUGGAGAAAUCAGCUAGUUGCAGCUGCUGCUGCUGCUUUCAAUAAAUCAUUGUUUUGUAGGUUGUUAUACCUUGCUGUGUACUUCAGGGACUGUGUUAUUUAAUGCAUUCUUUUUUUCCAUGUUUGACUUUUAUAAACCGCCCUUUGUACAAUCCGCAGGGUGGUUCAGAACAAUCACCCAACUGGAUAAAUGAAUGAAAUGAAA